AAAGAAGAUGGCGGUGUUUCAAAACCCAUGGCAGCGGAAUUUUCCAGCGAAGAAAUGUGGUGGGCAGGAAGAAGAGUUGUUAGUUUUUGGAUAUUCUUGCAGGUUAUUUCGAGACGACGAAAGGGCUCUUUAUAUUGAUCAGGGAAAACAUCUUAUACCUUGGAUGGGUGAUGAAAAUUUACUGAUUGACAGUUUUAAGGAUUCUCACAGAUGCCAACUUUAUGAUGCAGUCAUGCUGGAACUUUUGGUGUAGAAGGACUCCAGGAUCUGCACUGGAGCCAGCUGCUGCCCUUACCUUAGAUACAGGUUGAAGAUUGUCAGCCUGAGGAUUGAAGAGGAACAUGUAACUGAUCUGGGAAAAAAGGAUUCUUUUAUGUUUAGGGUAUGAGGGAUUUUGUAACACGCCUCAGGGAAUAUGCAAAUUUGCUUCUAUUUAAGUGCAAAAAGAAUGCUUUUAGCUCCAAUAGCAAUAUAAAAAAGAUUUAUAAAUUAAGAUUUGAAACUGAUUUUGUUGGAGUUAAUUUUUAUAAUUCUUGUGUUUGUUUUGUAAUAGUUAAGUUUUCAAAAUAAUUCUGAUCUUUGAUCUGUAUUAUUGUGAACUUGCAUCCAAAGUUUUAAGUUUGGCUAGAAGAGUCAGUUUUGUUAAUUGAAUAUUUAAACGUUAUAUAAUAGGGUGAAAUUCGUGCUUGUCUAAUGAACUCUAACAAAGGGAUUGUGAAUGUAAAAACAUUCAAGUGUACAAUAUUGGUAGAUUAGAUACAAUAGAAUAUUGUACACUGAACAAGAAAAAAUAUUAGAAAUUUGAAGACACUGGUUUGUCAUUCUGGCAUAAGAAAACAUUAUGCCUAAUAUUUUAUCUUGAGGCAAAAAAUAUAUAUCUUGAAAAACACCAGUUUAAUUGGUUAAGUAAUUUACAUAAUGUUAUUAAUUCUCUUACUAUUCUACCUCCUUAGUGUUUAUUAUCUUAUAAAUAUGCUGUAUAAAAUGUCAGUUAAAUAAAAUGUCUUAUAAGGUUUAAUAUGAUUGCAUAUUCCAUUCUAGGCAUGUUUGUUAUGCCAUGUAUGUAACAGGCAUAAGAAGUUAAAGAUUUAAAGUAUACAUAUAAAACUGUAAUGCAGUUCAUAAAAACAGAGUAACAGUCAUGAUACCAUUAUGAUUUGGCCAAGGUCACAAAGUGAAAUUUAAAUAGUGAAGCAGUUUAGCACAUUCCCUGGGUUGGUGAAAUGUUGUUAGUCUUGGUAUAAAAGCAUUUUAAAUUCUUGGUAAGUAUGUUAUAAAACAGUGUUGAACUUCUAAGGUUUUAUCAUACAUAAUUAUUUACUGAUUUGAACCUUGUCAGAUGUUACAUUGUUUUCUCAUAGAAUGUUUGAUCCUUUACUUUUUACGUUUACUUUUUUUAUCCUUAUACUCUAGGAUAUUUACUUUGAUUAUUGCUAAGGGAUGCUUUAAACUUAAUAUUGAUGGUUCCAUUUUUCAUUCAACACUUUAUUUAAUAAUUAAAACAUAAACAGAAAUGUUUAAUGAACAUGUAUAAGACUACUGUGUCCAGUUUGGAUAAUUGUACUAAUUUUAUGUUUAAAAGAGAAAUAUGUUUUAAGACUUGAAUAAAACUGAAAGUCAUUUCUUGACCAUUGAUCAUUCAAUGUCUUAAACCUUAUUACAAUCAGUGUGUGUGUAAUGUAGCACUUGCAUUAGUUUUAAAGCUGUUUUUAUUUUUUUGUUUAUUUUGAAAGUUGUACAGUUUUCUGAAUUGGGUGCUUAGUAUAUACAUGUUUGUGUGUAUAUUUUCUUUUCUUGGGCAAAGAUCAAUAGUUGUUUCAUUGUGGUUCAUUACUUAAUAGAUGUUGCUUUAUUACAUUAUCUACCUAAUUCAUAGAUGAAAUAAAAUCAGUAUUUUAAAGAUUUAUUCAUGAAUUUUUUGUUUUAGUAACUUUCAGCAUUUGUAAGGGUUUCUAAUCUUUUCAUCAAUCUACAGUUCCAUUUUACUUAAAAGUGACAAUAAAUAAGUAUGCAUUAUGUAGUGCAGACUUUAAAAUGAAAGUCAUAGAUUAGAUAGGUCAGCAGGUUCAGUGUUUAACAACUCAAAUGGAAAAAGAGUCUCGGAGAACUUCAUUAGAACUUUUAAAUUCAACAAGUAAACACAGCUGGUUGUAAAGGAUGGAAGCUAUUUCCUAUUAAUACGUUAUUCAGUAUCAUCACUUAACUUUCAAUAUGUUCCUUGUAAGAAAAACAUGACCUGAAUCACCAGGAAUUAUAUCAAAAUUUAGCCAGACUAGGUGAUAUUCUAUACAACUUAACAGACAACUAUUCAUUAAUUUUUUGAAUUCUUUAUCAGAGAUAGGCUUGUGAAGUAUGCUUAAAUUUGUAUAGAGUACAUAUAAAAAAAUAUAUAUUCAUCAGGAGUUAUUAAGGUUUGGUCUUAUUAAAGAAUGUAAAGAUUAUAUAUUUUGUUUUAUGCUUGUGUUUUUGCAAACAGAAAACACUUGUUACUGGUUAUCUAUAUGUGUAAGCAUGAUGUUAUUUUUUUGCUUUCUAUCUAGGAAACUGCAAACAAGGAUGAAAAUUUUAUAGAACUAAGUUAAAAUAGUAAAUUUUUAUUCUUUUUAUAGUGUCUAAUAUGAAUUGUUUGUUCCUUUCUGUGAUGUGGGCAGAUAUGAUGCUCGUGGCUACCUGUAUGACUUGAAAAGGUAUGAACCCAAACCUGAUAUAGAUCCUCUAGGAGGUUUAACAGAGGCUGAAAAAAGAAUAGAAGAAAGAUGUGAGGAAGAAAGAUAUUUAGAAUUGUACAAAGAUGUUCAGGAAGAGGAAAUGUAUGAGGAGGAAGAAGUGAAACGACUGAGAGCUUCACUGGCAUCAGGCAAGGCAUACCAUGAAAUUGGUUUUAACUACGAAAGUCGAGAAGAUGAUGAAAGCAUUGAGUCGGAAGAGAGGAAAGAGGAGGAAGACCAAGAUGAACCCUACAGUGUUCCAGAUGGGUUGACAGUACCUGCUGGCUUGGAACUGCCACAGACAUUAAAAGCCCAUACCAUAAUUGAGAAAACAGCCAUAUUUGUGAGUCAACAUGGUCCUCAGAUGGAAAUAAUCUUAAAGACCAAACAAGCCACAAAUCCCCAGUUCAACUUCCUUUCUAUUGAUAGCACGUUGUAUCCAUACUACAGGCAUCUUGUUGUAAGCAUUAGAGCUGGAACUUACAAACCUAAACCUCCUGAACAGCCCAAAAAACAUGAUGAUGAUGACGAUGAUGAUGACCAUUAUCUCCAUCCUAGUCUGUUUGCUGCUAAACCUCAGAAGGAAACACCAUUUACAGUCCCAAAUCUUGUGUUCCUGAGGGGAAAUGAAGAUGAUGCAUAUGCUCGUCUAGUGAAGAACCUCAAAGACAAACUAUUUGACCACAGGAGCAGUUCUCCAGUGCCAGUUGAGAAACAAAAGAAACAUUCAGGUUCUAAGCACACUGUACAUAAAACAGAUAAAGGCCAUCAUUCUACUAGCAAGAGCUCUACACCCCCUCCUGAUGAACAAAUAGCACCACUCUCACAAAACAUGAAUUCAGACCAGCCACCACCUCCGGGUGAGGGGCCUUCUAUUCAGUUACCACAAAUUGAGGAAAGUUUUGAUGAUGGAAAUGAUUUCACAGAAUGUGCUGAUGCUAAUAAAAUCAUCCCACCACCUCCAGAUCUCCAACCAGUGAUUGACAAGAUGGCCAUUUAUGUAGCAAAAAAUGGAGAGGACUUUGAAAUUAUUGUUAAAAGUAAAUCUGACAAAAGAUUUGAAUUUCUGGAGUCCUGGAACCAGUUCCAUCAAUACUACUUAUUUAAGAAGAAUUAUCAUAUAAAACUGCAAGAAAGAGAGGAAGAAGCCAAUAAACAGCAGGAUCAUCCACAGGAACCAGAAGAACAAGAUGAUAAUGAAUCCAUUUCAGAGAUACAGCAAGAAGCUGAGGAAAGUAUUCAGUCUGAAGAAGACAUUGGAGAAGAGUUACAACAUUCAGAAGAAAACUCAACUGGAGCACCACCAAUAGAAACUACAGCAAAGGAAAAGGUUUUAGCGAAACCUAUAAAAGGUCCUGUUAGUUUCUCUAUUAAACCAAAGGAUAGUGAAGUACAAUCUCUUGAGAAAAAAAGUGCUUUGCUUUUGGAUGAGACAGACUCUGAAGAGGAAAAAGAACCCAGAGAAAAAGAGCAGCCUAAGGAAACAAAAGAAAAUGUUGAAACUACAAACAACAUUGAACAAGGGAAAGAUGAUGUAAUACCUGACACUCCACCCUCUGUUAGUGAGUCUUGCACUGGUAGGUCAACUCCUGCUGAGGGAGAACACAAGUCAACCAAGCGAUUCAAACCUGAAGAGCUAGAAGCUCGUUUAGCUGAAGAAAAGCGGAAGGACAGACUGGCAGCAGCUGCCAGGGAAAGACUUGCUCAACAGUCUCGAGAAAGGCAGUUGCAACUUGAGCGUAAGAGGCGAGCUGCAUUGUUUCUUACAAUGUUGAACAAAACCAAAUGCAAUUCUCCACAGGAGAUGUCAGAAGAGAAGCCAGAUGUGGAAGAUUCUAAGGGAGUACCUGAGCAAAAAGAAGUUGUUAGUGGUAUGGAAGUUGAAGAAUUUAAUCUUGGACUCUCUCCUUUGACAACCAUUAUAACUUCACCUACAAGAGCAGGUGCCAUUACCCCUGAUACAAGGAAUAGUCCAGUCUCUUCUACCCAUUCAUCACCACAAUAUGAAAUAACACAACAACGAAUAUCAUUGAAGCCUCUUCCUGUCCUUUCGGCUCCUGAUGGUGCCAUGGAGCCAUUAAAGUCAUCUUCAAAAUCUCAUUCUAAAUCAAAGAAGUCUUCCAGAUCCCAUAGAAAGUCCAGGUCUAGAUCACCUUCAAAGAGUAAACACAAGAAAAUGAGAAAUAGAUCUCGAUCCCAUUCUAGGGGAAGGUCACACUCAAAAAGAAAAAGACCAAAAACCCCACCACUUGCGUACUCCCAAGUUCGCAGGUCUCCUUCUCCAAAGGAAAAACGUAGUUCUUGGUCACGAUCUGUAUCAGACAGAAGUAGACGAAAAUAAUGUGUUUGUAUUCUUGGUGAGCUGUUAAAUGUAUUGUAAUGUAAAUAAACUAUUUUAUUAGCUUUUUUCUUU